GGUGGGGGUGGCGGGGGACGAUGGCCCCGCGAGCGAGGCAGCGCUCGUGACGGUGACGGCGAAGCCUGCUCGCUCGCAAGGGAAGUGAGAGAGAGUGUGAGAGAGAGAAAGCGAGAGAGAGAGCGUGAGUGAGAGAAAGGGAGAGAAGGGAGGCGAAUGCCAAACACAGCAAGGAGGUGACAGAUUCCCUUUGGAAGACGAGCUGUCACUCUUUCACGGCUGCUGCGCCCCCUCCUUGGCUGCCUGCGGCGUCCCUCCUCCUCCCCAUUCUAUCGUUUCUUCGCCCCGCGUUCUCGUCUCUCUUGUUGCUCUUGACUUGCCCAGCGUUUUCGCAAGACCCACUUUGCUUCUUCUUCGUCUUCUUCUUCUAUUACUACUACUACUUAUUUACCCACCCUUCGUGUCUUGUUUCUUCUCUUUCAAGUUGCGUGUCUCACUGUCGUUGUGGACACGCUUCUGGCGAAAUCAAGCAUUUCUGUGUCUCUUGUGGUUCAAUUCUGGUUGCGGGUCUCUCUGUGUUUGUAGUUGAUUUCGAGGUGGUAGCCGUUGUUUCCGAGAGUCGCGGCGCAGUUGCUGUGCUGUUGUCUUGCCCUGUUGGUUUUCUGUUUCCGUUUCUGUUUAUGUUUGCAUUGGAAGGUCUUGGUGGAUUGAGAAGGGAGCUCCUCCUUGAUUGUUUCGGAGGGUUUCUGCGUUGAGAGAGUUUCAUGUCCUAACGUGCUGAUCAUUCAGCCUGCCAAGUUUCCCUGUGAGUGUUUGUGUGUGUGUGUUUGCAACUUCUUUGUGGCUUUCACAGUGGAUAUCAUUCUUCGGGAAUGUUCGUUGGUGAUGUGCCCUUGUGUGAAAGGGGAGACGGUCUCCCUCCUGGACGACCAAGUCCGUGAAUUCACACCUAGCAAACCAUCAUCAUAUUAGAUCUCAUUGUAAAACUACCUUCGUUGUCCUAAUGUGUUCCUGCGUCGCUCCCAUCUAUGUUUACCUGGGCUCCCAACUCUCCACCUUUUUCAACACCUGGAUAGUCUGGAACAAGCGGUUGGACCUUGGGAAGCCCAAGACCUCAAAUAAUGGCCUCAAAUAUUUGCCAAAGCAGCCUACUCUUAAAUCCAACGUCACUUUCAAAUACAAGGAGCUUGAGGAUGCAACAGGUGGUUUCAACAAGGAAAAUCUCAUCGGCGUUGGAGGUUUUGCAAAGGUAUAUAAGGCGACUCUGCCAGACUCAAGAGUCGUAGCUGUGAAGAAACUCUUUGGAAGAGGGAAGCAGAGUGACCGUGAGCUUCGCGCAGAAAUUGAGACAGUGGGAAACUGCCAUCACCCCAAUCUAGUUCAGCUGCUGGGAUACUGUAGGACGAAGGAUGGUAAGUUACUUGUGUAUGAGUACUUCGAAAACGGGAGUCUCAACAAGUAUAUGAGACGGAAUCCAGGCAGCAAGGAAGCACAUUUGGAUUGGGAAACCAGGCUCAAGAUUGCACUAGGAGCCGCGGAAGGGUUAGCCUACCUUCACAAACGGGACCCUCGGAUCAUCCAUCGUGACGUGAAGGCCAGCAACAUCCUUUUGGACGAGAAUUUCGAGGCUAAGGUAUCUGACUUUGGACUUGCCAGGCUGAUUGAUCCAGCCAAGACGCACGUUACCACAUUUAUUGCAGGGACGAAAGCGUACAUUGCUCCGGAGUAUCAGAAGAGCCUCAGGCUGACAGUUAAGUGCGAUGUUUACAGCUACGGGAUUGUGCUGCUCGAAUUGCUCACAGGGAAAGAUCCUUCCAUGGGCAGGAACUUCGACAUUAUUGCCUGGGUGAAGCGGCGAAUGGGCAGCUCCCCAGACUUUUUUGAUGUGAGAAUGCUGGAUCCAGCUGACAAGGAUGCAAAUAAGGAGGCGAUGACGAAGGCGCUCUACCUGGCCCUGGACUGCACAAAAAUUUCCCCGCACCAACGUCCCAUGAUGGACGAGGUUGUAGUGCAGUUGAAGCGUCUGCAAAAGCCCGCGAAGCUGAUGGAUGAUGAGGCGGAGUGCAGUGAAUUCUCCAGCCAGCACGAUGAGAACAGCUCCCUCAUUUCUGCCGUCGAAGAGUCCAGCAGCACACAAACCUCGAGUGUUGUGACAUCUGGAGCGGAAGACGACGGGUUUUCGGGUAAAGUUCUGGACAUUCCAUUUGAUAGGCCUUUCAUGGUGAGGGUGCUUUCGACCCCUCUUUUGAGUGACGCUGCGAAAGAGGCUGACAACUCUCGCGCGGUUGUGUCAAUCGAAGAUAUUCGGUUGGAGAGCCAGCAGCUUACGCUUGGGCUGGAGAAGUGUGAAUCAUCGCCCUUCUCCGAGACAAAUUCACGGCCCAGCCCUGACAGCGCGGAUUAUAUUCGGAAAGACUACUCUCGGAACCUCUCAUUCUGAGAAUUCAGUUGAAAUGGGUGCAUAGUCUGCCGGUACGGUAUUGAAGAAAAUGUUCGGGGGAAUGAAGUCAACUUGCUGGCCUCACAAGUCAUUGCUUAACAAUUGCAUUUGGUGGCUACGUCUAAGAAUUGGCACUAGCCUUUGGCGCGAAAGAAUUGUAAAAACGGUUGUUGCGGCCGGGUGAGGAGUUUUUUUUGGGUGGCUAUUGCAGCCUCCAUUAUUGCUUGUAUGAUUAUGUGAAUCCCCCCUCCUCUUUUUUUUUUUUUUUUUUUUUUUUCUCCUUUCCUCCUUUAUAAUGUAUAAGGAAGUAUUGAUAGUAAGAGCGGUUUGAUGCUACAGUGAUAUUGAGAAGUCCCAUUUGGUUUCUUUUCUUGAAACGUAUAAAGAUUCUGGAGUGUCGGAGUCCAUUGUAAUGCUGGUCUUCUGAUGGUCGUGCAUUGGACACGGCUCACUCAAAGAUAGAUAGUGCAUCCAUAGAGGAUUACAGAUACGUGACUUGGGUUUUUCACCAAGAAUGACUCAGUCGUUUCUUAUUUGCGACAGACAUCAGUUCCCUUGUAUUGUUUGAAAUAGAGCACUGCUGUGGAUUCCUUGGCAAGAUAAACAAAUGGUGCAGAGCAUUGGAGGUAUGGUGUAUCGCAAUAAAGCAAGAUAACUUGAAGUGUUGAUUACUAUCAGCGGCAUGGUGGUCUGCUGGGGCCUGCUUUCUUUGAAGGCAAUGCCUCAUUAUAGUCUUACAUGAAUACUGGAAGGCUGUUCUACUAUAUCUUAACUACAUCUUCUGACAUUCAUGGGAGCGUCAAUAUUAUCAAAGUGUACAUCAUGUUACGAUGUCGGCGACUCAAAUACUGAUUUGAGUGGCUUACCCGUGCUCACUUCAGCCUUUCAGUUUUGAAGGACAUCUUCGUGAUAGACGUUCGGAAGCAAAAUUAGCAGGAUCUGUUAGUCGAGAGAAUUUGGCCUUUGAGGUUUCGAAGUUCAGGGAUUACUGAUAAUUUUGUGGUAGAUAUUUUUAAGAACUUGUAUACGGCUGCCUAUGCUUACGAAAUGGACGAGCCAGUGAUUGGUUAGUUUUAUCGCA